AUGAAUUCUAUGGAUCCGCUACUCGCAACCGCAAACCCCAACGCCCAGCUGGCACGUGUUGCAAACACUCGCGCGGCGACAAGAUCGACGGUGGCUCACUUUACGCCGCCGCCGUCGUUCGGUCGUCGUGCGCUGGCCCUCAUAGGCAGAAGCGAGGCCGUGGCAACAGCCCUGGAUGGCUUGUCGCAGGGUUGUAAGACAGAAGAUCGCGAGCAGGAGAACAGCUGCAGCUCUGUUGACCAAAGGUACCGCGAGAUCAGCUCGACUUGCGUCCGUAUGAAGAAGAAGAAGGAGAGGUGCAGAGUUGAAGCGACCAGUGGCGUGCACCCCGCGUUCCUUUCUAUGGUUCAUCCGCAAUUCAAGAGUAGCAGUACCACGCAGUGA